AUGACAUGCAAUCCACGUUGGCCAGAGAUCAGUGAAAACUUAGCGCCACGGGAAUCCUCUCAUUAUCGACCAGAUAUUGUUGUGCGUGUAUUUCAUUGUAAGUUGAAAGAACUUCUGGCCUGCAUAGUAAAAAAACAAGUGUUUGGUAAAAUUGCUGCUUUGAUAUACACAAUCGAAUUUCAAAAACGUGGUCUGCCACAUGCCCACUUGUUAUUAACUCUUGAUGACCAUGAUAAAAUCAGAAGUGUGGCUGAUAUUGACAAAUUUGUUUCUGCUGAAAUUCCAGACAAAAAUACUCAUCCUAAACUUUAUGAAAAAGUUGGGAAUUACAUGACUCAUGGUCGAUGUGGUGUACUUAAUCCUCAUUCUGUUUGCAUGGAGAAGGGAAAGUGCAAAAAAAACUUUCCAAAAGACUUUAAUGAAGCAACAAAUGAUAAUGUCAAUGGGUAUGCACUUUACAAGCGGCGAGAUGAUAGUCGAACUGUUGAG